AUGGAGCCCGUGUUCUUCUCGCUGGAGGAGGCGAUGCCCGAGCCCGACUCUAACCCCUGCCGGACCGCGUCGCCGCCCCUGGAGGCACACGUGCUCGCCGGAGGACUCGGAGGAGUGGGCGCCGGCAAGGUCGUCGGCGGUGGCGCGACGAACGAGUGCGCGACAGAAUGGUGCUUCCACGAGUCCGUGGACGAGCCGUGGCUGCUCAACGUCCCCACCGCGCCAGUGGCGAACCCCGAAGCUUCGACGCUUUACCCUAAUCCCACGGCCGAGGGGAGCCGCAAGAGGCCGUACGACGUCCAUGAGAUGGUGGGCGCGGUGGAGGUCAUCCCCACGCCGCCUGCGGCGAGCCCGGAGGUGGACCCCGUGGCGUACAACGCGAUGCUGAGACGGAAGUUGGACGCGCAUCUCGCCGCCGUCGCCAUGUUGAGGAACACUCAGGGAAUUUGCCGACAAAGCUCCCAUGACAAUGGAGCAUCGCAAAAUCCAGAUUCCAUCCAAGGCUCGGAAAACCACACCGAAGAUGUCAGUGUGCAUCAACUUAGCUCUUCCUCAUUGGAGCCAUCACCAUCAGAUGGUGAUAUGGAAGGGGAGGCACAAACAAUUGGAACUAUGCAUAUUAGUGCAGAGAAAGCGAAUAAGAGGAAAGAAUCUAACAGGGAUUCGGCGAGACGCUCAAGGAGUAGAAAAGCAGCUCAUACGAAGGAACUAGAGGAGCAGGUCUCACUAUUAAGAGUCGCAAAUAACUCUUUGAUAAGACAUCUUGCAGAUGUAAGUCAGAGAUACAUUAAUAUCUCUAUUGACAAUAGGGUACUCAAGGCAAAUGUUGAAACCCUAGAAGCAAAGGUAAAGAUGGCCGAGGAAACUAUGAAGAGGGUUACAUGCACCAACAAUUUUCCUAAAGCAAUAUCUGGCACAUCUCUCAGGAUUCCUUUCAGUGGCUCCCCAUUGGAUGGUAUCUGUGAUAAUCCAUUGCCAACCCAGAACACCUCACUUAGCUACCUCCCCACUACAACAACAGAUUUUGCUGUGAAAAACAACUACAUCCCCGAGCCAGCUCCGGCGUUCCAGAUCCAUGAUCAAAUGUCUUCGCUACAUAUGCAACCUAUGUCAUGCCUGGAUCAUCACCCGCAAAUGAUGCACAUAGGUAUUCCUACAUCGACACCUACUCCGCAACGGGAAUCUACUACAUUGGAUUCAAAUGAAAUAGUCAACAUGAUGAUGUAG